AUGGCCUGGCCGUGCAUCAGCCGCGCCUGCUGCAUUGCCCGCUUCUGGAACCAGCUGGACAAAGCCGACAUCGCCGUGCCUUUGGUCUUCACCAAGUACUCCGAAGCCACCGACAUCCCAGGGACGCAGGUGGUCCUGCAGCAGCAGCCCCACCCGCCCUCGGCCAUCGAGAGCCAGCCGGCGGCCCUCGGGGGUGACUUGGACGGGGCCUCCAGGGCGGCCCCCGCAGCGGCUGACCAUGCCCCCGGGGCCUCGGGCGGGCCGCCGAAAGCCGGGCAGCCCCAGCCCAAGGAGCCAGUGUCGGCCGACUCGGUGAUGCGCCAGGACUACAAGCCGUGGAAGGUGCAGAGGCCGGAGCCAAGCUACAAGCCGCGAAGCGAGUACCAGCCGUCGGAGACCCCCUUCCAGAAGGAGAGCCAGUACCAGAAGGACUUCCGCCCCUGGCCCAUCCCCAAGAGAGGGGACCACCCCUGGAUCCCGAAGCAGAUGCCGAUUCCCGCUCUGGAAGCGGAUAAGGGGCCGAAAGAGAGAUCCGGCAGCCAGGAGAGGAGGAGGAAGGCCCAGGUGGGCCCAGAGGAGGAACCAGGGAGAGAGGAGGUGGCGGCGGCCGGCAAGCCGAGCUGGCCCGAGGAUGGAAAGGCGAAGAAGACCAACAAGCGGUUCUAUCUGGCAGAGGACGGGGUGCAGGAGCAGCAGCCCCCCGGGACCUCCGGGCCCCCGGAGGGCAGCAAAGGGCGAGCGGCCGUGGAUGCGCUCAACUGGCAGAUCAAGGAAGAAGUCACGGCACGGGUGAGCACAUCCUCCUACAGAAAUGAAUUUCGACCCUGGACAGACAUCAAGCCGGUGAAAGCCAUCAGGGCCAAGUCUCAGUAUAAACCUCCAGAGGAGAAGAUGACCCACAAAACCAGCUACAACACCCAGUUCACUGCGGAAUCUGCCAAGCCUGGUCCGUCGGAUAACAAGUUCCUGGAGCACAGAAGGGUACGCAGCCUCUACAGCGAGCCCUACAAGGAACCUCCAAAGGUGGAGAAGCCUAGCCCUCAGCCUUCUAAACCAAAAAAGACGACCACAAGCCAUAAACCACUGAAAAAGGCCAAAGACAAGCAGACAGCGUCCAGUCGCUCAUCUAAGAAAAAGGGCGCCGAAGGUUCGAGUGCAGCGAACGCCGAGGAGAAGGAGAAAAGUAAAGAGAUGAACAAUAAAUUGGCCGAGGCGAAAGAGACCCCUGAUAAAACCAGCAGUGCUGCAGCCAAGGAACCAAGCUCCUUAGGACAGGCGCAGCGGGUGGAACCGAAGCCCCUGCCCGCCAUCCCCGAGGAAGCCGCCGGGACAAGCAUGUAA